UAAGCAUUACAGGAUAAAACAUGGGAGUUUUGCAAGAACCGAACCAUUUCCUUGUUUACAUAAGGAUUGCAUGUGCACAUUUAAAUCAUUAAAUGCAUUAAAAGUGCACUUAUCCCGUAUUCACAUCAAAACAACUGAUCAUGAACCAAAUCCAACGGUACCAGUAAAGUUUAGCUGUGUGUCUUGUGGAUUUGCAGAGUCAUGUACUGAGACAGAGUUCUUUUCUCACUUGCAUUCUUCACAUCUUAAAGUAAACCACAAAGUUCAAUGCCCAUAUGAAGACUGUAACUUUGAAAGCAGUGUUUACAGCACAUUCAAAGCACACAAGAGUAAAGAACACAAACAUCAGAACUGGAAGAGGUUUAAGACUGAAAUAAUUGGUGAAAUAAUAAGUAAUGCCAGUGAUGCUUCCCAAGAACAAUUGUUAGAUGCUGAUGAUAUGGAGGAUUUAGAGAAGGUUAGUGAAGUAACCAGUGACAUUGAUUUUCAUGAUCUUGAAAAGCAGCUUGAACACAACAUGGCAUCUCUUCUAUUAAAGCUGCAAAGUGUUCUCAACGUACCAGAGACUGCUGUACAGGAAGUUAUUGAACAACUCUGUCAAAUCAGUAAGUUGUCACAACCACUUUUGCAAACCAGAAUUAAGACCAUACUAAGGAAUCACAAUUUGGACAUAAAUGAAGUAUUUGUGAAAGAGGUAACUAGCACUGUGUCAAAGAGUAACAUAAUGACAUUCUGUGCCAAAGAUGGGCCUUUAGGAACUGCCAAAAGGAGGGCUGCUUACGUACGCAAAGAGUUUCCAUUAGUAAGCCCCAUUGAAUAUAUUGUGGAAAAGGCAAAAAACCUAUUGCAUAUGUUCCUGUUCCCAUGUUACAAAAGUUGUUUAAUAAAACAGAUGUUUUAAACAAAGCAGUGGCAGAACAAGUCCAUGUUCCUCAUGAAUACAGAUCAUGUAAAGAUGGACAGCAUUUUAAGGAAAAUUCACUUCUCUCAAAUGCUGAGUUCACACUUGCCCAUGGUCUUUACGUUGAUGACUUUGAAGUAGUCAAUCCUCUGGGCACAUCAAAGCUGAAACAUAAAUCGUGUGCCAUAUACUGGGUUAUUGCUAACAUUCCUGCAAAAUACAGAUCAACCCUGAACUCCAUCCAGCUUGCACUACUUUGCAAUACCUCCACUGUGAAGGAGUGUGGCUAUGCAAAAGUUAUGCAGCCUCUCAUCUAUGAUCUGAAGUUAUUGGAGCAAAGCGGUGUUUAUCUGGAGCAACUGGGAACAAGUGUUAAAGCUACUGUCUUAUAUGUUGCAGCUGAUAACCUGGGUGCCCAUUCUCUUGCAGGAUUCCAGGAAAGCUUUUCUGUCGACAAAUUCUGCAGAUUCUGUUUGGCGAGCAGCAAAGACUCAGCAACAGGAGGUAAGUUCUGGUCUCUUUCAGUGCAGAGAGAAAGAAUCCCAUGACAGGCAUGUGCUGGAAGUUAAAGAAGACCCAGGAUUAAGCCAGAUUUAUGGGGUGAAACAAUCAUGUCCGUUGACUGAGAGUCUUGAGCACUUCCAUGUAGUCAGUGGUUACCCUCCUGACGUAAUGCAUGAUGUCUUGGAGGGCAUUGUUCCCAUUGAGUUAUGUCUUUGUCUAACGGAUCUGAUAAGAAAGAAACACUUCACCCUAGGUAUGCUAAACCAGGCUAUUGGGCCCUUUAAUUACACAUUUACUGACAACACAGACAAACCUCAGGUGAUUGGAAAAGGAUUUUCAACCAAAGGGACCAUUGGUGGAAAUGCUCAUGAGAACUGGUGCCUCAUAAGGCUGCUUCCAUUCCUUAUUGGCCAUUGUGACCCUGAAGGUGAUGACACUUGGGAAAUUCUAAUGCUUCUCAAAGACAUCGUUGAGCUCAUUGUGGCACCAUGGCGUACAGAAGAGACACUGCAUUUCCUGAACUGAAAGAUAUCAGAACACAGAAACUUGCUGCAGUCAGUAUUUCCAGAGUUUUGUUUAAGGCCAAAGCAUUACUAUUUGGAAAACUAUCCCCAGCUUGUAAGAAAGUUUGAGCCCUUAUCUGAGGUUUGGACAAUGCGCUUCGAGGGCAAACAUAACUUUUUUAAAAGGGCAAUCCGUACUACGCAAAACUUCAUAAAUGUUGCCAUGACAUAUGCAACUAAACACCAGAAAGCUCUCAGUUACCACCUUGACUGUAACACAUUUUUCAGACCAUCUGCAGAAAUUACAAAGGUAACACGAGUUUUGGUUUCCUCUUUCCCAUUGACUGUCCAGACAAUAAUGGCAAAAACCCUUACAAAACCCAAUUCGGUGCUAGUCGCAUCAUCUGCCUGUGUUGAUGGAAUCCGUUACCAUCCAGGGAUGAUACUGUCGGCAGGAUCAUGCUCCAGUCUCCCAGAGUUUGUCCAGAUUGAAAAUAUUGUUGCUGUGAGUGCAGAAAUUCUGUUUGUCUGUAAGAAAAUGACCGCAUGGUAUGUUGAGCAUUUGAGAUCUUACCAACUUCAAUAUCACGAUGUCACCUUUUGGUGUGUGUUGAAGAUCCCAGAGUUAAAUGAUGUCUUCCCAUCAUCAGUCUACAGGGUACAAGGAGAACUUAUGGUGACAUUGAGGCAUUUUGUUAUUUGCUAAUGGUCAUUCUUUUUCCAGAUGGCUGUGCAACAGAAAUUUCCUAUGAGGAUUAUUCUCUGUGAGGGAGAUAUAAGAAAAAUGACAAUGACAACACGACCUGAAACACUCCAGGAUUUGGUUGACUGGCUCAAAGACGGUCUCCAAGCAAACUACGGCUUCAGCCUACAAUACCAAGAGCCAGAAUUUGACAAUGCAUUAUGCAAUCUUACAGAUGUGUCCGAGCUCCCAGAGAAACCAACCAUCAAAAUUAUUCCUACUAUUGAGCUUGUUCCAGUCACUACAACUCCAGAGAUUUCAUCUGAUGCAGUCAGCCUGGCAGACACCGAGAUCUUGUCUGUCUCUUCUCUUGAAAGAAGCUCUCCCUGGCCAGAGGAUUUUCCAAUUCCAAAAUUUCCGGUAGAUGUAGAGUAUAGACUUCGACAAGGUAAUCUGCUGUACAUGAGGGAUGGAGUCCUCCUGAAAACAACAAAAGACUUAAAACACGAAAUUCUUGACAAGUUGGCUGAGACCAUCUAUGCCUUCAAAGCAUACCCAGAUAAGCAGGACUUUGAAGCUGUUGCAAAAGCCUUAGUACAAAUACAUCCAUGCCUCAAAGAAUCUGGUUCAUCUCGUGGAUGGGAUGGAUGGAAAAACAGUUUGAAGUUUAAAAUGGAGAACUACAGAUCCAAAAUGCGGCAGUUGGGCAGAGCUGAUGUGGCUGUGAAUGGAGGUAAACGUGGAAGGUACUCCGCAAGUGGUGACCCCCCGAACAAAGACAUCAAGAAGCCAAAGAAAGGGGAAAUAAACUUCCUGCCUGACUAUCCGGAAGGGAUGGAUGACCGCAACCUGGAAGAAACUCGUCAGGUGUUGGUUAAUGAAAUGAAGAAAAAGCCAAAUGGUUCCCUUAUAAAAAAGAGAAAUGGAUGUGACCUUUGCCCUGCGCAGAAAAGAAGUUGUCAAAGAUGAACCAGCAAUCAGCCAGAAACUUGAUUGAUGGACAGCUCUAUUCACAGAAAAUCUGAUUUUUUGUGAGUUCACCAGAGUGGCUGGGAAAAAUCUGAGACGGCUUCUUCGAUGCACUUGACGGUUUGUCUCCAAGCCUGAUGGACCUGUUCAGGAAGAAGAAGGGCCUUGCUGGACAGAUCUUAGCAGGACUUUUACAUCAGUCAAAGGUAGAAGUCCCACCACAUACAUGUUUAUCUCCUUUUAAGUUUUAGUUUUUUAUCAUUUCCUGUUACCUGUUCAGUGCUAUUUUUUUAUUAUUUGCAUAAGGAUUAAUUAUUUCUCAGUUACAUAUUUACCACAUUGUGUCCCCUGUCUUUUCUCUUCUGCUCAAACUAAAGAUUUGUCACGAGUAUUUUCUCUUUCUUACCCCAUUUUGUCUAUUUCAGGUAUUUAUUCUUGGUUUGUCUACUUGCUUCAAUUACCAACUCUCAACUUUUUCUCCUUUUUCUCUUGCCCUUAUAUACUUUGCUGAAUUGGGACAAAGAACACAUUUAGUCCUUGUUGAAAUGUUUUGAAAUUGAAUAAAUAUUCUUUUCUUUUCUUUUCUCAAUGUCUUUCAGUCCACUGAGCCAACAGACAUUCGGUG